UAUUUUCCUUCACAACAACGAACGAAACGUCAGUCGACCGUGGACAUCCGCAGACGUCGCACGUAUUGCUUCGCUUAACAGUCGCGCUGUGAACACUCAAAUAUUACGUUUCGUUACACAACAAAUAAUUAAAACUAUGCCUAUUUCACCGAUUGUUGGUAUCGACGAUGACCAGCGCUUCGCUUUGAUGAAGUUCCGUCGCAGCGUCAAAGAUGUCACAAAUCCGGAACACGAUGACCACUUCCUUCUGAGAUGGCUGAGAGCGAGACAAUGGGAUGCGGAUGCAGCAGAAAAAAUGCUAAGAGACUCCCUGGCGUGGCGUGAGAAAUGGGGAAUCGACACAACACUACCAGAAUGGCAAGCGCCUGAGGUCCUAGAGAAGCAUUUCCCGAGCGGCAGCACUGGCUUCGACAAAGAAGGAUCGCCAGUAAUAAUAGUCCCAUUCGUGGGCCUCGACGUGUGGGGUCUGCUGCACUCCGUGACGAAGACCGACGUCAUCCGGAUGAUCCUGCGCCAUCUUGAAAACUACCUAGCGAUCGCGCGCAAACAGGCAGAAACGCGAGGACCACAGGCUCUUAAGGUGACAGUCCUCUUCGACCUAGAAGGCUUCAAUAUCCGCCAGUACGCGUGGAAACCAGCGGCGGAGAUGGUGUUCACACUCCUGCAGCUGUACGAAGCCAACUUCCCUGAGAUACUCAAGUCCUGCUUCAUUGUCAAUGCCCCGAAAGUAUUCUCCCUGGCAUUCUCCGUGAUCAAGAAAUUCAUGCACGAGUACACCAUCUCCAAGAUCAAGAUUUAUGGAACAGACACCAAGAAAUGGCAGGCACAGGUUCUGACGCUGAUCGACAAGGACCAACUGCCAGUGCACUAUGGAGGGACCGUUGUGGACGAUAAUGGGGAUCCUCGAUGUGGCCUUAUUGUGAAACCAGGAGGCAAAGUACCGAAGAGUUUCUACUCACGGAACACGACGGGAGACUCGGAGAAGGAGUUCAAAAGAGUCACCAUCAAGACGGGAGAGAAACACGUCGUCGACAUGCUGUGUGGGGAGGGAGAGAGCGUGCUCAAAUGGGAAGCAGGAGUAGACCACCACGAGAUCAAGUUCGUGAUCAAGCGGAAAGACGAGGAGGGCGCCGAGACCGUCGUUUACGGGCCCAAGAAAAUCGGGGAGGGACCAGUGGAUGUCGGGAUCAUGCCCAUUACUGGACCUGCCACAUACUCCGUGAUAUUCGACAACAAGAGCUCCUUCCUACGAAGCAAGAAGGUUUUUUAUCACGUCAUCGUGGCUGUGCCCGAGCGAGAUCUCAACAUGAACGUCGACCCAGACGACGAUAAAUAACCUCGACCAUAGACUACCUAAAUAAGUAGAUUAAGAUAAAUUGCAUUGUGAUACUUUAUCAAAAACAAACUGCGUGUUUGGUUUUUUAUUAAGAAAAAGGCGCGAAAUUCAAAUUUUCUAUGGUAAUAUAUAUGUGCAUUUAAGCCAAUCGCGUCCACAUUUUUUAAAUUUGCCGCUUAUUCUAAUGACGGGAACGGCUUCACAGACUAUAGAUUUUGCAUUGAUUAGCUUCGUCGGUCGAUCGCGAUUAUUAAGUAAAUUGAACUUUAUUGGUUGGUCUUGCGUAAGUCCCUUUUGCAUUGGCAGAACUGACGGCCGUGGCCCUCAAACAUUGGUGGUUAAAUUACUUAAAUUAUUUGCUCAGAAAUGUAUAAACUUGAAAAAAUUAAACGUGCAAUCAUAAACGUUUUUGUGCUGCAUAAAAUUGAUCUCUAAUGUUCAACAUUCCUGAUAAUAGACUAUGAUUUUAUUAUGAGUUUUGUUUGAUUGUUUGUUAUUUUACUUAUUUUGCUAUGUACAACAACAUAAGUUAUACUGUGAUACAUCUGAUUCGUGUAGUACUCUGAGCAAGGCUAACUACCCAAUUAUUGGCACUAGUAACUGUCACUUAUUUUAGUGUUUGUGUUGUGUAAUGUGUAGUUACAUUGGUCAAGUGCCGACAAUAGGGUAGUUUACCCCUAGGGCCUACCGCGAACAACGCCAAGUUGCGUGCAUCUUUCGUUGUCCAUAAUCCAUAUGCAGAGAAAGAUGCCGGCAAUUUUGCGAAAUUCGGUGUCCGUGGCAGGCCCCACACCU